AUGUCCAAGAGUUGGUCCCAUCUUUUGGAAUCCUCUGACUUUAUCGCUGUUUUAUAUCUCAGUUCUAAGCAGCCAUAUGGUGAGUGUAACUCAAUACAGCAGCCAUAUGUUGAGUGUAACUCAAUACAGCAGCCAUAUGUUGAGUGUAACUCAAUACAGCAGCCAUAUGGUGAGUGUAACUCAAUACAGCAGCCAUAUGGUGAGUGUAACUCAAUACAGCAGCCAUAUGGUGAGUGUAACUCAAUACAGCAGCCAAAUCUUAAGUGUAACUCAAUACAGCAGCCAUAUGUUGAGUGUAACUCAAUACAGCAGCCAUAUGUUGAGUGUAACUCAAUACAGCAGCCAUAUGUUGAGUGUAACUCAAUACAGCAGCCAUAUGUUGAGUGUAACUCAAUACAGCAGCCAUAUGUUGAGUGUAACUCAAUACAGCAGCCAUAUGUUGAGUGUAACUCAAUACAGCAGCCAUAUGUUGAGUGUAACCCAAUACAGCAGCCAUAUGUUGAGUGUAACUCAAUACAGCACUACAGGAAAAACAACCUGCUCAUGUCCUGUCUCUCACUCAGUGAUAGUUGA